CCCAUUCUGACCAAAGAUGGCGCUGAGAGUUGUGUCCGUGCUGAAGCGAAGGCUCGGCGGCCCUGGCCAGGAGCUCCUUCGCUCAGGAAGCUUUCUUCUUUCUGCUACUCAACACCGAUUGGAAAAAAUGCCAUGUUCUGUAGGCUGCCCAGUAACAUCAAGAAGAUCAUUUAGUAAAUCUGCACUUAUUGUGGAUGUGGAUCAUAACCUUGGGAUUGCUACAAUGAAGAUGAACAACCCCCCAGUGAACAGCUUAAGUCUGGAAUUACUAACAAACUUUGUAAUAGACUUGGAGAAGCUGGAGAAUGAAAAACGUUGCAGAGGCUUAAUCAUAACAUCCGCUAGCCCCAAAAUCUUUUCUGCCGGCCUGGAUAUUACUGAGAUGUAUGGGAAGAGUUUAGCCCACUAUGCCGAGUACUGGAAAGCAGUGCAAGAGCUGUGGCUGAAGCUGUACAUGUCUAACAUGGUGGUGAUAGCAGCAAUCAAUGGAUCCAGCCCUGCAGGAGGCUGCCUGAUUUCCUUAUCUGGUGACUACCGAAUCAUGGCGGACAAUCCCAAGUACACCAUUGGGCUGAAUGAAACAUUGCUGGGCAUUGUGGCGCCCUUCUGGUUUAAGGAUACUCUGGUAAACACGAUUGGGAACAGAGCUUCAGAGUAUGCCCUUCAACUGGGAUUGCUCUUCCCUCCUGCGGAGGCCCUCCGAGUGGGCAUUGUGGAUCAGGUGGUGCCAGAAGAUAAGGUGCAGGAUACAGCCCUCGGUGUGAUGUCUAAGUGGCUUUCGAUUCCAGACCAUGCUCGACAGCUUACCAAAACCAUGAUGAGAAAACCUACCACGGACCGACUGCUAAAACAGCGAGAGGCAGAUAUUAAGAACUUUGUCAGCUUUAUAUCCAGAGACUCCAUCCAGAAGUCUCUUCACAUGUAUAUGAAGCAUCUUAAAGAACGAAAAGGGUAAAAGUUUAGGCUCCUGGCACAGGAUGUAGAGCUGGGGACACUCUAGUAAAACCAUAUGCACUCUACAAGCCAUUUUGGGGUAACUAUAAAUUUUUAAAAUAGAGUAUUUUUCAAGAUAAAAAUAACUUUCAUUAUUCAUUCUUGGUUUGUUGAUCUUAUCAGAAGAUCCUGUCCCCUUUUUCCUGAUCUCCAAAAGAUAUCCCUCCUCUGUCCCCAUCAGUACAUCAGCUCAAUUCCCCCCCCCCCCCCAUUCCCCACACACACACACAGAAGGUACUUGGGUAGGUUCUGAAGAAACUUGACUGAUGAUGUGGAAAGGAAGUCUUGUGUUCCUGAGCAACCCUUUACCUGGGAAUCAUGAGUAGUGGGCUUAUUGGAACUUUGAAAUAGAACUCCUCUGCUAAGGGCCCACCUUUGCUCAAAGAGAAUUGUGAAUAAAAGUCCUGAAAAUUUUUUGUUCCCCUGCCUCAGGCUGCCUAUUUGCUAGUGGUGAGAUGCAGUUCCACAGGGAACGAGUGAGCUGCAAAGAGCACAUUCCCACUCGCCCAUGUUCAUGGUGGAAAUGUGUUUUUCAUACCGAAAAGACUUUUCAAAUAAACAACUUUUCUGGA